AGAUAAAAUCCAUACUGUACCUCUAUAGGGCUGCUAUUUUAUAAUAGAGUCUUGUUGAUAAGAAAAUGUAUCCUGUGUAAAGUGUUUGCUUCACUUUGACAGACGACAGUAGCAAAACAAUUACUCUAAAGAAAGAGUUAGAGAAAAAAGGAAAGAGCUAGAGACAUGUUUCGCAAAAUCUUAGCUGACAAGCCUCAUGUAAUCUGUAUUCCCUGUCCAGCUCAAAGCCAUGUAAAGGCAAUGCUUAAACUAGCAAAACUACUGCAUUACCGAGGUUUUCGCAUAACCUUCGUGAACACAGAGUUCAACCAUAGACGCAUGCUUAAAUCUAGAGGUCCUUAUUCCCUGAAUGGCUUGCCCGACUUUCGGUUCGAAUCUAUCCCAGAUGGCCUCCCUCCUUCAGAUGAGAAUGCUACCCAAGAUACACAAGCAAUUUUCGAGGCUUGCAAGAAGAACUUGCUAGCUCCAUUUAAUGAAUUGCUUGCCAAGCUCAAUGAUACAGCAUCUGCUGAUGUUCCUCAAGUGACUUGCAUUGUAUCUGAUGGAUCUGUGCCAGCUGCCAUCACUGCUGCUCAGAGGCAUGGAAUUCCUGUUGCCUUGUUCUUUUCUAUCUCUGCUUGCAGUUUCAUGGGGUUUAAGCAAUAUAAAGAGCUCAAAGAAAGAGGACUGUUUCCAUUAAAAGAUGGCCUCCCUCCUUCAAAUGAGAAUGAAACCCAAGAUGUCGCUGCACUUUGUGAGGCUGCCAAGAAGAACUUGUUAGCUCCGUUUAAUGACCUGCUUGACAAGCUUAAUGAUUCAGCAUCUUCUAAUGUGCCCCCAGUGACUUGCAUCGUCUCUGAUGGUUUCAUGCCCGUCGCUAUCGAUGCUGCUGAGAUGCGCCAAAUUCCGAUUGCUUUGUUCUUCACCAUCUCUGCUUCCAGCUUCAUGGGAUUUAAACAUUUUCAAGCACUCCGAGAAAAAGGUCUUACACCACUGAAAGAUGAGAGCUUUUUAACUAAUGGCUACUUGGACAAAGUUGUAGAUUGGAUCCCAGGAAUGAGAGAUAUAAGGCUAAGAGACCUUCCAAGUUUUGUUCGUACAACAGAUCCAAAUGAUUUUUUGUUUAAAUACUGCUUGGAAUGUACUGGGCGGGCUUCUGAAGGUUCUGCAGUUAUUUUCCAUACUUUUGAUGUUUUGGAGCAAGAAGUUCUGAAUGCCCUUUACUCUAUGUUUCCUCGAGUCUAUACGAUCGGUCCACUUCAGUUGCUUCUCAAUCAAAUACAAGAAGUAUAUCUAAGUUCUAUUGGAUGCAAUCUUUGGAAAGAAGAAGUUGAGUGUCUCCAAUGGCUUGAUUCCAACAAACCCAAGUCAGUAAUAUAUGUGAAUUUUGGUAGCAUAACAACCGUUACGAAGGAACAGCUCGUUGAAUUUGGCAUGGGACUUGCUAGAAGUGGCCAUCCAUUUUUAUGGAUAAUAAGGCCUGAUAUGGUCACUGGCGACUCCGCGAUAUUGCCACCAGAAUUCACUGAAGAAACCAAGGAAAGAAGCUUUAUUUGUAGUUGGUGUCCGCAAGAGGAAGUCCUCAACCACCCAUCAAUAGGAGGUUUCCUAACACAUAGUGGAUGGGGUUCAACAAUUGAGAGCAUUUCUUCUGGCGUGCCUAUGCUUUGUUGGCCAUUCUUUGCUGAUCAGCAAACAAACUGUAGGUACACAUGCUCUGAGUGGGGAACUGGAAUGGAGAUUGAUAACAAUGUCAAAAGAGAUAAAGUGGAGAAGCUUGUGAGAGAGUUGAUGGAGGGAGAGAAAGGUAAGAGCAUGAAGAAGAAAGCCAUGGAGUGGAAAAAACUAGCAGAGGAGGCCAAUGGUCCAGGUGGUUCAUCGUCUAUGAAUUUAGACAAAUUGGUGAAGGAAGUGCUUUUGUCGUGAAAAAAUAAAACUGCAUGCUAAACUAAAGACAGUUAAAGCUGAAGACGAAUGUAUUGUUCUCAAGGUGACAUGGUGGUUUCAUUUUAAUGAAGUGCUUUUUUUAUUUUUCACCUUUUUGUGUGAAGAAAGGGGCUGAAAGCCCUCAAAAGAAAUUACAAUAGGUAAGGAGAGGAAAGGCAGAACCAAUGAGAUCACGGUACAAUACAGGGAGCAAUAAAUUGUUGAGGUAAACUCGUAUAUGAGUUGUGAAAAUAUAUCAAGAACUAGCUGUGUAGCUGCUCUUUGCUCGACAGGCAAUAUUUUCAUCAAUUUCCUUUUA